AUGUUAAUGGCGUGUAUAAAUAAUUCAUUUUCUUCACAUAUAUUCGUAAGUGAUCUUCCAUCGUACGGUCUUAUUGGUCUUAUAUGUAUUGGUCUGAUUCUCUAUUUCUCGUAUAUCAUAACUUACCUUCGAAAUGAUCAUUUAUCAAUAACAAUUUACAUAAAUAUAUCUCAAUUAUUUCUAUUUUUUGUCUUACUGAGCCCAAUAACAUUUCUUAUUCGACCAUCAGCAUCAACAAAGCUGGUUUGUUCAUUACAAACAUUUUCAUUACAAAUUUUUCCUUUUUUUCUCCUACUUGGUUUUAAUACUCAUUUUAUUUAUCAAUGGUUAUUACGAACAAAAGAAAAUUCUACUCGAAAAACUUGCCUCGUAUCGAUAAGUUCAUUUUUAAUAUUUUUUCUUGCUAUGCUAAUUCAAACAAGCAUAAUUCUGAUCUGGUUUUAUAAUCAUCAUAAUUACCGACAUCUUUAUAAUUCAUGUACAGAUGAAUGUUAUCGACCUUUGUUUCUUUGCUCAUUAGCAUUCAAUUUUUUUCUACUAUUUCUUUUCUCGCUUCAAUCAAGUAUACGAUAUCAUUUGUUCAAUUGUCAAACUGAUCUUAUUUAUUUACUAAUAAGUGUUCUUGCAUUAUGCGCGACGAUUAUAUGGAUUUGUUUGUAUUUAUUUAUUCCAUUAAGAUCAUCAUUGACAUUUUAUAUGAAUAAUAAUUAUAUCCUUGCUUAUGGAAAUUUAUUUCUUGUUUAUUCAUUUCUUGGACCUUUACUAUUUGAACAACUUUUUUAUCAUCAAAAUAUCCGUAGUAAAGAUCAUUUACAUAAGCCUAGUAAAAUGUCAUUUAAAUCUUUAUCUUUGACAAAAGAGCAACAACGCGCAUUCAUGGCCGCUUAUAUUAAACGUAAUUUAACAGCAUCAUGCGAAAACCUUACAACGGUGACAAUGUCAUCACCUAUGCCAAUGAAUCGACAAAUCAAUCAAGAUUUAACCCACACAUGUCAUUCAACACUGAGUGUUGAUAGUUUAUGUCCAACAUUAGUUAGUACAAUUUCGCAUGGUACACCACCUAAAACAUUACCAAUUGCGACAACAGAUACGUCGAGUUGUGGAACAUUGACAAGUGAAUAUUUACUUCUAUCAACCUCACCAAUUUAUGAAAUGAAAUAA